AAUGAAUCCUGUCCAGCUCUCCGGUCCAUGCAGGUCUCGGUUCUGUUUUGCUCUCCAGACUCAUCUUCUUCGUGAAAGCCAGAUCAAGGGAGAAGGCGAGACCGCGGUUGGCUUCUGACUCUGAACGGUGAGCCAUUCGCGCCCGGCCGGUGGGCUCCGAACCAGUGAAGUGCUCCCUGCCCCUGGCAGCCCUUCCCAAAGAAAUCGCAGCCAGCGGAGGCAAGUGGAGCUAAAGCUGCGGCAGGCUUCAAUGUUUAUUUGGCUACUUGGCUACUGAUUAGAGGACACAAAAUGAAUAACUCAACAAACUCCUCUAACAAUGGCUUGGCUCUGACCAGUCCUUACAAGACAUUUGAAGUGGUGUUUAUUGUCCUGGUGGCUGGAUCCCUCAGUUUGGUGACCAUUAUUGGGAACAUCCUGGUCAUGGUCUCCAUUAAAGUCAACCGCCACCUCCAGACAGUCAACAAUUACUUUUUGUUCAGCUUGGCCUGUGCUGACCUCAUUAUAGGUGUUUUCUCCAUGAACUUAUACACCCUCUACACUGUGAUUGGCUACUGGCCCUUGGGACCUGUGGUGUGUGACCUGUGGCUAGCCCUGGACUAUGUGGUCAGCAAUGCCUCAGUUAUGAAUCUGCUCAUCAUCAGCUUUGACAGGUACUUCUGUGUCACCAAACCUCUGACCUACCCAGUUAAGCGGACCACAAAAAUGGCAGGCAUGAUGAUUGCAGCUGCCUGGGUCCUCUCCUUCAUCCUCUGGGCUCCGGCCAUUCUUUUCUGGCAAUUCAUCGUAGGGGUGAGGACUGUGGAGGACGGGGAGUGCUACAUUCAGUUUUUUUCCAAUGCUGCCGUCACCUUUGGCACUGCCAUUGCAGCCUUCUAUUUGCCGGUGAUCAUCAUGACUGUGCUAUACUGGCACAUAUCCCGAGCCAGCAAGAGCAGGAUUAAGAAGGACAAAAAGGAGCCUGCAGCCAACCAAGAUCCAGUUUCUCCAAGUCUGGUGCAGGGAAGGAUAGUGAAGCCAAACAACAACAACAUGCCCAGCAGUGAUGAUGGCCUGGAGCACAACAAAAUCCAGAAUGGCAAAGCCCUCCGAGAUGCUGUGACUGAAAACUGUGUCCAGGGGGAAGAAAAAGAGAGCUCCAAUGACUCCACCUCGGUCAGUGCUGUUGCUUCUAAUAUGAGAGAUGAUGAAAUAACCCAGGACGAAAAUACAGUUUCUACUUCUCUGGGCCAUUCCAAAGAAGAGAACUCUAAACAAACUUGCAUCAAAAUUGUCACCAAGACCCAGAAAGGUGACUUAUGUACCCCAACUAACACCACUGUGGAGCUAGUUGGUUCUUCAGGUCCAAAUGGGGAUGAAAAACAGAACAUUGUAGCCCGCAAAAUUGUGAAGAUGACAAAGCAGCCAGCAAAAAAGAAGCCUCCUCCUUCCCGGGAAAAAAAAGUGACCAGAACAAUCUUGGCUAUUCUGUUGGCUUUCAUCAUCACCUGGGCCCCAUACAAUGUCAUGGUGCUCAUUAACACUUUCUGUGCACCCUGUAUCCCCAAUACAGUGUGGACAAUUGGUUACUGGCUCUGUUACAUCAACAGCACUAUCAAUCCCGCCUGCUAUGCACUUUGUAAUGCCACCUUCAAGAAGACCUUUAAACACCUUCUCAUGUGUCAUUACAAGAACAUAGGCGCUACAAGGUAAAACAUCUUCGCAAAAAAGGAAAUUGGUUGAGGGGAACUUGGGAAGAAUAAAAGAGAUAAAAGAGCUCCUACUUUAAAAAUCUCAGCCAUUGCACUUUACAGUCUUAUUAUGGAAUGUGCAAUUAAGGAUCUCAACAGUGACGUUCUUAUCACACCUAUGCUCCAGUUUGAUAACCUUGCACCUUAUAAAUCUUGUCAGUUUAGGAGCAACGAGACAAUGGAAAAGACAUAUUAGAAUUGUGGAUUUAAGGAAUGUUAUAUCUUUUUUGUCCUCUCUUGAAGAAGGGCUUCUGAAUCUACAGUUUUAUGUCUCUGCACAAGAAGAAUAACCUUGUUCCUUUUUUUUUUUAAACAUUUUGUUAUGUGCCCAUGUGUCUAUAUGAGGAUGAAGUGUCAUGAUUACAAGCUAGCAUGGGGACUUAAUCCAUAAAGAAAUAGAUAAUAUAUGAUGGGGAGGCAAAGAAAAAAAGUCAAACGUUGCAGAAGUGGUCU